CAGAAACAGCACAGCGCUGCACCAAUUCAUCGAUCAUUUUCUUGUUGUGUCGGUUAAAAACACAACCAGAAAAUCCAGUAAAUAAAUAAGAUCGCACGGCGCAGUGCAGCAGCAGCAGCACAGCGCAAGACAAAAGAAAGAUUAAUGGAGACUGCGAUUUGUGGGAGAAUCCCUCUCUCCCCGAACCACGUCUUCAACCCCAAACCAGGAGACAGACACCCCCUUUGUAAAGGAGCAUGCACCAAUCUUAGCAUUCCGGUGGCUGUAUCAACAGCAGUACCUGGUAAAGGGGGAGGACUAUUGGAAAGGCCAGUUAGAGAGAAAGCAGCUCCUGCCCGUGAUUCUGAGUUUGAUUUGAGGAAAUCAAGGAAGACAGCUCCUCCUUAUCGUGUAAUACUGCACAACGACAACUUCAACAAACGGGAAUAUGUUGUGCAAGUACUGAUGAAGGUUAUCCCGGGGAUGACCCUUGACAAUGCUGUGAAUAUUAUGCAAGAAGCACACCACAAUGGCUUGUCGGUAGUGAUCAUAUGUGCUCAGGCCGACGCUGAAGAACACUGCAUGCAACUGAGACACAAUGGACUUCUGAGUUCAAUUGAACCUGCAGGUGACGGAUGCUAACGACGUGCGUGAUGAGAAUCCAAUUGGUGUGACGAAUACCCGAGCAUUAGAUGGUGUACAUAACCCCAAUACCCCGACUGAUAUGAAAUCGCGGUCAUCCUGUGGUCAAAUUAAGACAAGAGGGUGGUAGCUUAAUAAAAAAAAAAAAGGCUUAAUUUUAGUGUUUUGC